CCCGAUACGGCACGGUAUGCCCCAUUGAAAGCGUUCCGAGUGUGUGCGAACCCCCCUUUCUUCCUUCCCCAGCCCCUCAUUGUUGCUUACUAUAAGCUUCCUUGCAUCCGGUACUGGUGCCAUUGAUUCACAUGUUUCGUUCGUCGACAGUCCUUCUCGCAACUCGGUCGUCGGCGUUGGCGCGGCAUUCCGCGACAGCGGUCGCUCCGACUCGGCGGCGGUGCGCCUUUGUUCUGGGACAUUCGGAUCCCCCGACGCGUCUCGCGGGACAGCCGCGUUUCUUGUCUUCGAUUGAUUCACCUUUACCACCGACCAGUAAUCACCGGCACCAACCGUUGGAACAUGCACGGGGAUCCAUUCUUUACACGGAAACGGACGAAGCCCCCGCCCUCGCAACCUUUUCGCUCUACCCAGUCAUAUCAAAGUUCUCUGCUCUCGCUAAUGUGGAUAUCGUGCCUUGCGAUAUUUCCGUGGCGGGCCGCGUCUUGGCGGCGUUUCCGGAAUGCCUCAAGCCAUCGCAGCGGGUCCCCGACAAUCUCUCCUACCUUGGCAAAAAGGCUCUCGAAGCAGACUGCGCUAUCGUCAAAUUGCCCAACAUUUCUGCACCUCUCAACCAACUGCUGGAAUGCGUUAACGAACUCCGCCACAAGGGAUACGACGUUCCCCUCUAUCCGCACGAACCAAGCAACGUCGAAGAAACGGACGUGAAACACCGUUACGAUAAACUCAUGGGUUCCGCGGUCAAUCCCGUAUUACGGGAGGGGAAUUCUGAUCGUCGCGUUGCGGCACCCGUCAAGGCCUACGCCCAAAAGAACCCGCACCGCAUGGGCUUGUGGAGCAAGGCAUCCCGCACCCACGUGGCACACAUGGAAACGGGAGACUUUUACGAAACGGAACAGUCCGCCGUCAUGGCGCUCCCUACCUCAGUCUCCAUUGUGCUGGCUACCAAGAACGAAGGCGAAAUCGUCCUCAAGGCGGAAACGCCACUCGAAGAGGGGGAAGUCGUUGAUGCGUCGCGAAUGAGCGUCAAGUCCUUGCGAGACUUUUACGAACGUGAAAUGCAGGACGCUAAGGACUCCGAACUCAUGCUCUCUCUACAUCUCAAGGCCACCAUGAUGAAAGUCUCGGAUCCAAUCAUGUUCGGACACGCAAUUCGUGUCUUUUUCCAAGACGCCUUUGACAAGCACGGGGAGGUCUUGGCUUCGAUUGGGGCCAAUCCCAACGGAGGUCUCGGUAGCGUCUACGAAACAAUCAAAUCCAAACUGCCCGCGGAUCAGGCUGCUACUAUUCAAGCCGACUUUGAAGCCUGUUUUGAGGAUCGCCCCUGGCUAGCAAUGGUUGAUUCCGAUAAGGGUAUUACCAACCUACACGCACCCAACGAUAUUAUCAUUGAUGCCAGUAUGCCUGUCGUGGUACGUGAUUCGGGUAAAAUGUGGAACAAAUUGGGCGAGUUGGAAGACGUCAAGUGCCUCAUUCCGGAUCGAUGCUACGCCACCAUGUAUCAAGAAGUGCUUUCCUACGUCAAGACCAAGGGACAGUUUGAUGUGGCCACCAUGGGAUCGGUUGCCAACGUGGGGCUCAUGGCCAAAAAAGCGGAAGAGUAUGGAUCGCACGACAAAACAUUCGAAAUCCCGAGUGAUGGUCGCGUUGUGGUGAAAGAUAAUAACACAGGCGAAGUGUACUUUGAACAUGUGGUGAAUGCCGGCGAUGUGUGGCGUAUGUGCCAAACGAAGGACGUGGCCAUUCGCGACUGGGUCCGUCUCGCUGUGGAACGUGCCCGCGCCACCGGCGAUCGUACCAUCUUUUGGCUCGACAAGCGUCGUGCCCACGAUGCCUCGCUUAUAAAAAAAGUCAAUACUUAUUUGAAAGAUCACGAUACGGAUGGUUUGGAUAUUUCCAUUAUGCGUCCGGUAGAUGCCGUGCGUAUUUCUAUGGAACGAGCUACGGACGGCAAGAAUACUAUUUCAGUUACUGGAAAUGUGCUGCGUGAUUAUUUGACGGAUUUGUUUCCUAUUCUAGAACUCGGGACGUCCGCUAAGAUGCUUUCCAUUGUUCCUCUUUUGGCGGGUGGCGGCUUGUACGAGACGGGAGCCGGUGGUUCGGCCCCCAAGCACGUGCAGCAAUUUGUGAAGGAAGGCCAUUUACGGUGGGAUAGUCUCGGAGAAUACUUGGCUUUGGCGGUUGCGUUGGAGGGGUUAGCCGACACCGCGGGCAACCCGAAAGCCAAGAUUCUUGGUGACUGCCUUAACAAGGCUGUGGGCCGGAUUUUGACGAAUCGGAAGAGUCCAUCCCGUGUGGUGAACCAAAUCGACAACCGUGCAACCAACUUUUACGUGAGCUUGUACUGGGCCGACUUUUUGCAACAGGAAGAUCCAUCGUACAAGGCGAUUUUUGAAUCACUUACGGAGAAUCGCGGUAAGAUUGUUGAAGAGUUCUCGCAAUGCCAGGGGACCGCCGUGGAUCUAGGUGGAUAUUAUUUGUUCGACCCGGCCAAGACCAAGGCCGCCAUGAACCCCUCGCCCACACUCAACAAGAUCCUGAGUAGCUUUGGUCCCGACAUGAACUAAAGAU